UGAAUUCUGGCUUCGCCUCCGUCACCACUGCUCUCCGCCAGACACCGAUGCACCAAAGCCAGUAUCGCUUCAGUUCAGUUAUAGCAAUUUUCCACUACUACCUAGCUCUAUUAUUUGAGUUUUUCCCCCAAGGUAACAGUCACCACCACCACCAACGAAUUAUGUCUCAGAAGAAGACCUCGCCUCCGCCGGAGCAGCCUUCCUCCUCAUCUUCCUCCGCCAGUGGCCGACGUAAACGUCCUUCUUUCAGAAAUGUGGUAAUUGAGGCGAUGAGAUACGCAAAAUUCAACAAGUACGUGGAGCCGAUUUUAGAGCCCUUAGUCCGGAGAGUUGUGAAAGAGGAAGUUGAAUCAGCUAUGGAAAAACAUAUGGCUUCCAUGAACUGGGAUUUUGAGAACGAAAAGGACUCUUAUGUUCCGAGAAGGCUACAAUUACAGUUCCUAAGUAGUCUGUCUCUCCCAGUUUUUACCGGAACCCGUAUUGAAGGAGGAGACUGUAAUACACUGAAAGUAGCUUUGAUUGAUGCUUCUACUGGAAAAACAGUUUCAAGUGGAAUUGAGUCGUCAGCAACGGUGGAAAUAGUGGUUCUCGAGGGAGACUUCGAUAGCAAUGAAGGAGACAAUUGGACGCUUGAAGAGUUCAAUAAUAACAUUGUUAGAGAGAGACAAGGGAAGAAAGCCCUUCUUACUGGGAAUGCACUUUUGAAUCUCCAAGAAGGCUUUGGUCUAGUGGGUGAUCUUUCCUUUUCGGAUAAUUCAAGCUGGACAAGGAGCCGGAAGUUCAGGCUGGGAGCACGGGUUUUAGAUAAUUGUAAUGGAGACAGAGUGAGAGAAGCAAAGUCAGAAUCAUUCGUCGUCAGGGAUCAUCGUGGUGAAUUGUACAAGAAGCAUCACCCACCAUAUCUGUCUGAUGAGGUAUGGAGACUUGAAAAAAUUGGGAAAGAGGGAGCUUUUCACAAGCGGCUGAAUAAGGAAAAAAUAAAGACGGUGAAAGAUUUCUUGGUUCUUUCCUACGUGGACCCAGCAAGGCUUCGAAAUUCUGUCAUUAUUGUUUUUUGGGCUCUGCAGAUCCUUGGCUCAGGUAUGUCUACUAAAAUGUGGGAAGUCACUAUGGAGCACGCCAGGAGAUGUGUGAUCGAUGAUAUGAAGUUGUAUUUAUACUGUCCUCGAUCUCUGAACAGAGAUGGUGUUGUGUUUAAUGUUGUGGGGCAAGUCCUUGGACUUCUUUCAGACAGCAAGUACAUUGUUGCUGACAAGCUUUCCGAAACUGAACUGGCUGAAGCACAUAAGUUGGUGAUUUCUUCCUUUCAACAUCAAGAAGAAAUUAUUUGUUAUGAUGAUGAAGCUUCUCUUAAAACAGGUACUUGCUCUAUCUCUGAAGAUAUUUACCCCACAAAUGCCCUAACAGUAGCAGGAGAUUCUGAAUGCAACAAAACAAUAGCUUCCCAUACAAAAGGGCGAUUUGAUUACCCACAAAUGAGUGCACCGUCUCCAGAUGUGAUGCCAUCCAUCAUGUAUCCUCCUAUGGGGGAUAUUGGUAGCUUAGAUGAAUAUGGGUUAAAUAGCAUGGAAUCUGAUGAUCUUAGAUUUGAUCAACCAGUGGACUUGCAUUGCCAAGUAUCAGACACCUUGAUUUGUGACUCGGAAUCUUUAAAGAGUCAAGAUGUGGAUAUGCAGUAUUUUGGUACAUCUUCAGAGGCAGACCUACAAUGUGCAGUUGAUGGGUUUUUGUUUCCCCAUUCUGCCAUUGUUAAAGCUCAAAGGAGAUGGAAGAUUGUAUCCAGUGUCCUAAAAUGGCUGUCCCUCAUGUUAGAGAUACGUGAGAGAGAUAUCAUCAAAACCAUGAAUUAAUUGACGCUGCCCGAUUUAAAAGUUGUGUGCAGUUUUAAUUAGAGAGUAAAAUGUUUGGGUAAAAGUGUGCAGCUGGUAGUUCUGUAAGAAGAUGCAUGUAGUAGUAGUAGUAGUAGUAGUAGUAGUAGUUGCAGUAUGGUAUGUAUAUGGCAACUUAGAGGUAAUAAAGUGUGCAUUGGUGAAUAAUAAUGGCAAGGUGGUUAAGACGUUAAGCAGAACCUGAGAGGGUUCAGGUGAUGCUUGUUUCCGUAAGGUUUGUCGCAUCUCUAGCAACGACCACAGCUUGA